AUGCUUCCUACAGAAAUUCUUGACAAGAUAUUUUCUUACCUUUCUUAUUCUGAGGUUUACUAUAUUCGGUCUGUCAAUAGACAAUGGAAACGGCUAUGCGAAUAUCAUCUCUAUCUUGCAUUUAGUAGUCCUCGAAAAAAACUUUUUGUCAAACUGUCUCCCAAAAGUAAUGCCUCACUUGUCAAUAUGGUGCCUCAUUCUUAUGAUGCUGAUCAUCAAGUAAUUGAAUACAGACUUUCUUCAGAUGAAAGCAAGGCUUGCUUUGGUGCGAAUCCAGGUAGAACAAUACAAAUACUUUUUGACGAAUGGUUUGAGCAAGCUACAAUAGAAUCUGGUACUUUAGACAAUUUAUCGCUCGGUGAACGUGCUCAAAUACUAUUUCAUUUAAAAUACAACCCAUUUCGGGAACAAAUAUUUCAAUUGCCUAUCCCAAAGAUCAAGCAAGACAAACAGUUACAAUAUAUAGGAGAUCAAGGAAUGAUUAUGACAUUUUCCUACAUUUUCAGUAAAUCAGAUAUAAGUCACUUACAUAUUCAUUCCGUUCACGUCAAUCUAUCUUGGUUGAUCUCAGGAAUCAAUCCAAACAUUCAGCCUCAAUUGAUUUACGAGCAGCGUUAUGAACGAUUGGCAUAUAUUUUAUCAAGAGAAUAUGGUAUCUUUUCCUAUAGCACUAGUGCUCCUUCAGUAUUGAAAUACAUUCUUAACUAUCAAGAGAAUCUGCCACUGGAUGUCCAUCAAGAAGUAGUACAAGGAUAUGGUAGAAACAAAAACAACGAUACACAAGCAAGACGCGAGCAAUUGCAGUUGGCUCUUCAAUCACAAGGUGUGGAUCCGCGAGUUCUUUGGAAAUACACUUUUGCAAAGAAUUUCAUUUUAACAGGAAAUUCUGGUAUAGACUCGCAUAGUAUAGCCAGGACGAUCUAUGAAUCAGAAAAAGAAUGGGCCAAAGCAAGAUAUGCAUUAGAAAGUCAAAUAGACCACUAA